AUGUCCGAGUUAAGUGAUGAGGCCAGUGAGUCCGAGCAGCUGGGGUCCAGCCUGUCCCUGUGGCUGGGGGACUCUCUGCUGAAUGUCCCCCUGGACCUCCACACCGCCUGCUCCAUCGGACAGUACGACGUUGUGGCUGAGUGCAUCAAAAGGGGUGAAGUGAACCUGGAUGGCAAGAACAUUGGAGGAUGGAGUCCGCUCAUGUACGCAGCUUAUAUUGGACAUGACAACAUUGUGAAUCUCCUGCUGGAGGCUGGUGUGAACGUGAACGCCACCACAGCUAAAGGACUCACUCCACUGAUGCUGGCUGCGAGCUGUGGGAACGAAAGCAUCGCGUACUUCCUGCUCCAGCAAGGGGCAGAUUUGGAGCUGAAGGACUCUCGAGGCUGGACGGCUCUGUUUCACUGUACGAGCACAGGCCACCAACAGAUGGUCAAGUUCCUGUUAGACAACAACGCUGAUGCUACAGUCAAAGAGCCAGGGUCUGGGUUCACUCCCCUGAUGGAGGCUGCAGCUUCUGGACAUGAAAUUAUUGUUCAGUACCUCCUCGACCAUAAAGUUAAAGUUGAUGACCAUAAUGCCAAAGGAGAAACUGCUUGCACCCUCGCCAGGAUUUAUGGCUACACUAAGAUCGUCAGCCUCAUCAACUCGCGUUCUCCAAGAAAUAAACCAGGUCACUUUGAAGACUUGAGCUCCUCUGAGGAUUCGGACAGCGCGCCGCAGAGGGUUCGGCCCAGUCGGAGCCGAGCUAAAGGCGCCAGCAUCCACGACGGGCCUCAGGCUAUUGCAAAGUUCAGUGUGGGAGGCACCAGAAAACUGCAUGAACCUCCCGCUGUGCUAACAGGCUCCACGACGUUCCGCGAUAUUGGAGAUCAGAGUGAAGGCAUCCGCGACAGGGACGUGACGUCGCCAAUCAACGAGCUGGACGGUCAGAGCCACAGCAGCAGAGACGACAGUCCGUUCUUUGACAACGACAUGCCCACCAUGAGGAGCAGCAGUAGCAGCAGUGAAGGUCUGCCUCACGUGACCGGACUCAACUGGGAAGGUUCUGUGGAGAGUAACGAGGACUCGGACCAGUGCAUGAAGAGCAGCUCUCGCAGAGUAAAUAAGGGUCAUCACUCAAAAGGCAAGGCUCGUCAUGGAAACAGCGAAACGGCCCACCCCAGCCAGACUGGAAACUGUAGCAAACACACAACCCCCCCACCCCCCUACACUGGACCAAAGGGUCUGGCAGAAUUCUUGGAGCAAAUUGGCUUCUCGAAGUACCUCCCGUUACUGAAAGAACAGGACGUCGACCUGCGGGUAUUUCUCACCCUGACAGAGAACGAUCUGAAAGAGCUAGGAAUCACACUGUUUGGACCCAAACGUAAGAUGACUUCGGCUAUCGCGAGGUGGCACAGCAACGCUCGGCCGCCCUGCGAUGCUCUGGAGCAAGCGUACGCUGACCAGCUUGAGGCCGAGAUGCAGGAGAUGGCAAUCCAACUCCACAAGCGCUGCGGGGAGAUCGAGAGCCUGCAGAGCCAGGUGUCUCAGGAGAAGGAGCUGCGGACAGUGAUGGAGGGGUGCCUGAUGGAGGACAAGAUGGCGUGGAAGAGGGUCCACGCUGAGCUGGUGGAAGACCACCGGCUGGCUCAGGACGCGAGCAGCACACUGACGAAAGCGAGGGCGUGUCAGGCUGAACUGUUGUCUCGUUUCACCGCAGAUGUGAAAAGCCUUUCUGACCCCGGUCUGGAAGAGAGAGAAAAAACUGACACUGGUGAUGAGAACGAGCUGAAGUGUUCCACUGUUGUCGAUCUCUUGAAGAAGCUGAAUUCUUAUCAAGAGGAAACGGCUGGGACUCUGCAAACCCUCCUGCAGAGUCUGAGACGACUGAGCGCCCCUGAAAAAGUCUCAGACAGCUGGGAACGACCUUAAAUGUCUCAGUGGAUCGUGGUUGACGGAGGGUGAUGUGACCACCCUGAACAAAUCUGUGAAUUGGGAGAAGGCUGAGGACGAGGCCAGCCCCUCUGGAGCGAAGCGGCUCAGCGAAUGGAGCACACCUGUUGCUCGCCUGUGAUUGGCUGAUGGACCGGAGCUUGCCAGAUGAGGACAAGGGCAACGCAGCUGCUGCAGAGAAACGACGAGCAGGCCGGAGGGGUCGUGACCCUCCAGCUUCUUGUGCCAGACUCCCGUGUUGGAGUUGUGCACAGAAAAACAGGAGGAAAUGAAUCGGAGUGCCCACUCAUCAACGUGGAGGCGUAUAAGAAUCU